CCGGUCACGAGUUCCGGUGUUUUGACGGCAUGUUUGACGGGCACGUUGUGCCCGCGUGUUUGCCAGCCGUGUUUCAUCGGUCGCAAAAGUAAGCGAACACGUCGAGCACCUCGAAACUGCCCGUCUCGUUUUCGAUUGCGCAUCCGUGACCAGCGCUAUUUGCUCCGAGACAUGGCGAACUUUCUCUCGCACGACAACAUUGCCCAGGCGGGCGAUACGUGUGUGGUGUACUGCACUUUCGCGCACAUGUACUCCGUCAAGCUUGCGUGCGGCGAUGUGUUUCAGACAAAGUACGGCGCGCUGAAGCACGACGACGUGAUCGGGCGUACGUACGGCACCAAGGUGCAGUGCUCGCGCGGAUACGUGUAUGUGCUGCGCGCUACGCCGGAGCUAUGGACACUGACGUUACCGCACAGGACGCAGAUCGUCUACACCCGCGACAUCAGCCUGGUGACGCUACAACUCGACCUGAAACCCGGCUCGGUCGUCUGCGAAGUCGGCACUGGCAGUGGUUCAAUGACACAUGCCCUGGCGCGGACUGUGGCACCGAAUGGCCACGUGUACACAUUCGAUUUUCAUGAGCAUCGUGCCCAGGUGGCCCAGAAGGAAUUUCAAGAGCACGGCCUGGACUCAGUUGUGACUUGUGCACACCGCGAUGUCUGCCAAGAUGGCUUUGGCAUUGAGGGACUCGCUGAUGCUGUUUUUCUGGACUUACCUCACCCCUGGAAAGCUGUGGAUGCUGCUGCUGCAGCGCUGAAACCAGGCUGUGUGGGGCGCCUCUGCUCCUUCUCGCCGUGCGUAGAACAAGUGCAGCGCACGUGCGAGGCGUUGCGUGCCCGCGGCUUCGUGGACGUGGUCACGUGGGAGUGCCUCGAGCGCCCUUACGAGAUCAAACAGGUGGUCAUGGCCGACAUACGAGAUGCGUCCGGGGCCGCAAUGGCUGGACGGGCAGCGAAAAAUGAAGAGCGAACGACAGCCGAGAUACUCGCAACUGCGGAAGGAGAACCAAUGGCCGGUGCAGAGGACCCGUCCGAAACACUGGACGCAGCCGAAGCCACUGCUGAAGAAGAAUCCAAGAUUACUGCAGAAAGGAAAAGAGGGAAGAAGCGUCGUGGUCACACCGAAGAUCCAGGUGCCAAAGGAGUCUGUUUCCAGGCGGCCAUACCUUCUUUGCAGAUUCCAGGCCACACGGGAUACCUGACCUUCGCGACUCUACUGGCCUCUUAGCGAUCGUACGUUUAGAUAGGAGAGACAGGUGGCUAGCAUUCUCCUUAUGUUUUGUCUCGUCAUCCCUUUGCCAAAUAAAAUGGAAUUGCUAAUUUAA